CAAUACAAGCAAAGCUCGCAACGACAAAUACGACUCAUAACUUUGUACUCUUGUAUUCUCUGUCAGUUCUUUAAUAUAUUUGCAUCUUAAUUGCGAAAGUGCGACAACAGUGGCAUUAUUUCUAUGGUGUGGCUGAGUCGUCUUUAUUCUGGUUCUCCAAUUUGCUAAAGUAUUAAUUUAAACGAAGGCUCUUCUUUGAAAUGAAUCGCAUUCAGAUGGCAUUCUUUCUGUGGACAUGGUCUUGUCAAGUUGUGGGUGGUACUGGCGCCGAAGACUUGUUUUUUGGCGGUAAUGAUGCACUCUUCCACCAAGAACCGACUUUUACGAAAUGUUAUUUCCUUAAAGUUAAAGGUGAUUACCACAGAAAUUGCGAGGAAAUCGAAGGUUCUUUGGAUGACGAAAUUCUCAUAGAUUUUCUAAGUUUUAUCGCAAUACCUCUUCCUGAAGGAGUAACUUGGGUAUUAGGUCCAAAUGGUUUGGACAGUGAACCAGCGCUAAGAUUUUUACCAAAUUCAAAGGCAUUUCAACUUACAAAAAAUGUUCUGCCUUUAUCAUUUCCAAGUGACUUUGCAAUUACGGCAACGGUAUUAUCGCCCACAAAUGGCGGUGUUCUUUUUGCUGUGACCAACGAAGAUAACUCAAAGAUCUACUUGGGUUUAGAGAUUCUCCCCGUGCAAGCUGCAGGACCUGAUAACAAUGGCUCUAUGAUCAUAAGGUUCAUGUUUUUAAACCCAUACUUUGGACGAAACGAGACUAUUAAUUUCCCAGUCAAAGAAUUCGCCAACAAAUGGACUAAGUUUGCCCUCAGUAAACAAGACAAUUUGAUCACUUUGCACUUCUCUUGUGGAUCAGAAGUUUUUGAGAAGGUUGCAACGCAAGUUUGGGGAGCGUUUAUCAUCCCUGACACAAGUUUAUUCCACCUUGGUCGCGUUGGCAACAAUAUCAAGUACAAUGUGUUUGAGGGCGAUAUAGCAGAAUUGAAAUUACAUCUGGAUCCCAAUCAAGCUGCUGAACAAUGUGAUGAUGGUUCAGGAUCAGGAUUUGCGACGUUUACAAGAUCAAGCAGUUUGAAGAACAGUGAAAACACAGUAAUGGCGACGGUAAAGUCAAAGAGUAAAGAAAACGAGCCAAACGUCUUACAUACAAAAAGUACCGAGGAGGAAGUAUCGUUUGAAUUCACUGAUGAUCCCAAAUUUUCCCGUGAUUCAUCUCUCAACCUUGAAACAACUCCUCCAUCUCUUAUCGAGUUUUCUUCUCAGAGACAAGUUAGCUCAAAAUUUGUUUCGGUAAAAACUGAGUCUGAAACAAUACCAAUUCCUGACACCACAACUAAACCUGACACUACAGCACAGUCUCAAUUCACAACUGAAAGACAAACGGUUGCUUUGGAAACCACAGCUAAACCUGACACUACAGUACAAUCUAAAUCUACAGAUGAAGAAGAAACAACGAUUGCUCCAGACAUCACAGCUAAACCUGACACUACAGUACAAUCUAAAUCUACAGAUGAAGAAGAAACAACGAUUGCUCCAGACAUCACAGCUAAACCUGACACUACAGUACAAUCUAAAUCUACAGAUGAAGAAGAAACAACGAUUGCUCCAGGCACCACAGCUAAACCUGACACUACAGUACAAUCUAAAUCUACAGAUGAAGAAGAAACCACGAUUGCUCCAGACACCACAGCUAAACCUGAAACUACAGUACAAUCUAAAUCUACAGAUGAAGAAGAAACCACGAUUGCUCCAGACAUCACAGCUAAACCUUACACUACAGUACAAUCUAAAUCUACAGAUGAAGAAGAAACCACGAUUGCUCCAGACACCACAGCUAAACCUUACACUACAGUACAAUCUAAAUUUACGGAUGAAGAAGAAACCACGAUUGCUCCAGACACCACAGCUAAACCUUACACUACAGUACAAUCUAAAUCUACAGAUGAAGAAGAAACCACGAUUGCUCCAGACACCACAGCUAAACCUGACACUAAAGUACAAUCUAAAUCUACAGGUGAAGAAGAAACCACGAUUGCUCCAGACACCACAGCUAAACCUGACACUACAGCACAGUCUAAAUCUACAGAUGAAGAAGAAACAACGAUUGCUCCAGACACAACAGCUAAACCUGACACUACAGUACAAUCUAAAUCUACAGAUGAAGAAGAAACCACGAUUGCUCCAGACACCACAGCUAAACCUGACACUACAGCACAGUCUAAAUCUACAGAUGAAGAAGAAACAACGAUUGCUCCAGACACCACAGCUAAACCUUACACUACAGUACAAUCUAAAUUUACGGAUGAAGAAGAAACCACGAUUGCUCCAGACACCACAGCUAAACCUGACACUACAGUACAAUCUAAAUCUAUAGAUGAAGAAGAAACCACGAUUGCUCCAGACACCACAGCUAAACCUGACACUACAGUACAAUCUAAAUCUAAAGAUGAAGAAGAAACAAUUCUUGCUUUGGACACCACAACAAAACCUGUAACCACGGUACAGUCUGAAUCAACAUCUAAAGUUGAAACAACACCUAAGAGAACAGAACUUGGCAUUACACCGAACAUUCUACCUCAACGUAAGACAGUGGCAACAUCCGCUAUGCGAAAAACUACCUUGCCUGAAUCAAAGAAAGUCGAUUCCCACCUGACUAAUAACAUGAUACCAUGUUCGAUUGAUACCAACUGCAAUAAAGUGAGGGCUUUGACCCAGAAAGAAAAGGAGAUAUCUCUUCCGAACAAAGGAGCAAAAGGGGAAAAGGGCGAAAAAGGAGCUGUUGGUGCAGUAAUCGCGUUACCUCCCGAGCCAGGUCAAAAGGGUAAUAAAGGAGAAAAAGGGGAUAAUGGUUUAGUUGGACCUGCUGGUAUUCCUGGAGCAUCGAUUAAAGGUGAUAAUGGUGAUGUUGGAGCUAAGGGUGAAAAAGGAGAACCUGGUGAAAUCCGCAUUGUUAAGAGUGAACCUGGUAUGCGUGGUUUACAGGGUCCAAAAGGCGACAAGGGUAAUGCUGGCAAAAAUGGUUUAGAUGGAAAACCUGGCCUUCCUGGAUCACCUGGGCUUAUGAUCAUCAGAUAUAAUGCCAGUAAGGUACCUGGACCUCGGGGUCCACCUGGACGUCCUGGACAACCUGGCUUUAACGUAACUGGACCAAGUGGUCUUCCAGGAUCACAGGGAGUGAAAGGAGCUAAAGGAGAUACUGGAGCUCGAGGCGAGAAAGGAACAGUUGGAGAUAUAACGACUGUACUUGGCCCUAGGGGUGCACAGGGUCCUCAAGGGCUUAAAGGAGAUAAGGGGGACAUAGGAUCACCUGGAAUAUUAGGAUUGAAAGGUGUACAAGGAGACAAGGGUACACCCGGGGAUAAAGGAGAACAGGGAUCAUCUGGGAUUGAUGGAGAACCAGGAAGACCCGGACAAAGUAUUAAGGGUGAUCAUGGUACCAAAGGCGAAAAGGGCGACCGUGGUGAACCAGGAACGAAGGGUAAAAGUGUAGAAGGACCCCAAGGACCACCAGGUCCCCAAGGACUACCAGGUCCACCUGGACCACCAGGUCCGCUCGGAUCCAUGCAAGGUAUCAAUGAAGGUAAUCGUAUUGUUGAUGCUGCUGCUCAAAGUGUUUCGGAGAAAGGAGAAAAGGGUGACAAGGGUAACAUUGGUUUACGUGGUUCAAGUGGUGACGAUGGAGUACCUGGUGUAAAGGGAGAUAAAGGAGAUCCUGGCAUCGAUGGAAUCACUGGAGAAAAGGGUGAUGAAGGAGCUCGUGGAGCAAAGGGAAGCAAGGGGGCUACUGGACAAAAGGGUGACAUUGGUAUAAAGGGUGAACGUGGAGAAAAGGGGGAUGCAGGAAGGCCUGGUGUUUCAGGAAAUUCUGGUCCCAAGGGUGAUGAAGGACAGCGUGGACUUGAAGGAGUGAAAGGAAACAAGGGUGAAAUCGGAGCAAAAGGAAGUCUGGGGGAUAAAGGGGACGAGGGAAAACUUGGUUUGUCUGGUAAAGAUGGAAUGAAGGGAGAAAAAGGUGACACCGGCUUGAUUGGUCAACCUGGUGAAACAGGAGAAAAGGGGGAUAUUGGCUUACAGGGCUCACCCGGUAUAAAAGGCGAGAAGGGUGUUCCUGGCAAUCCUGGUGUUUCGUUACCAGGAGAACGUGGUGCUCCCGGACCACGAGGUCCACCUGGACCGCCUGGACGCUCGAUUACAGACGUCAACUCUUUCUCAGGUCCGGCAGGAAAAGAACAUGAUGAGCAGAAGUUGAAUGUUGGGCAAUCUAGCAUAUUGGGGAUUGUUACCUUCUAUAAUCAAGAUGACCUUCUCUAUGGUGGAAAUUUGACACCAGAAGGAACAAUAGCAUUUGUUUUAGAAAGUCAAACAUUGUUUGUGCGUAUUGCACAAGGAUGGCGCUCGAUACAGUUUGGUAAUGCGAAUGUUGGCCUGAUUUCUCCUACACCAUCGCCGAGUCAAAAGGUUGAGCUUCAAAUACCACAAGCGGGUGUUGUAGCAAAAACACCUUACCUUUAUUUGAUUGCAUUGAACGGACCGAUGACUGGAAAUAUGGGUGGUGUGAGCGGUAUCGAUCACCAAUGUUGGAAACAAUCUAAAAACGCUGGACUUAGGGGUACUUUUCGUGCUUUCCUCUCAUCUUAUGCUCAAUCAAUAAAGUCUAUCGUUAGAAGACGCGAUCGUGAUCUACCGCUGGCCAAUCGUAACGGCCAACAGCUGUUUCCGUCUUGGGAUAUAGUGUUCAAAGAAAACGAAGCAUUUAAUCCGGAAAUUCCCAUACUUUCAUUUGAUGGUCGUGAUGUCCGAAGAGAUCCCACAUGGCCACUAAAAUUGUUUUGGCAUGGCUCAGACAGCAAUGGCAAUAGCGUAAAAGAGAAUUGCGAUAGAUGGGAUGUGCAAAACAACAAGAAUCGUGAGUUAUUUAGUUUUGCAUCUCCUAUCAAUGGUACAACAACUGUCUUGGCACAACAGAAGUUCUACUGUUAUAAUCCGUUUAUUGUACUUUGUGUGCAAGUUGGUGUACGUCGUUGAGAAGAAUUGGUUUGUUUAAAAAAAUACCUGCCGUGUCGAAGUAUAAGGGAAAUAAGAGAGAAAAAUAUUCCAAAGUAAUCAGUUGCCAAAGACGUUCUAGUACAUAGUUUUGAGCAUCGGCAAUUAAACCAUUUCAUGAUGAUGUGGUCACUUCAUUAACUACACAAGCGCUUAUCAAUUAAUUUAUCAAGAAUCAUCUAUCUGUUCAUUAUCUGUUGGUGGACGUCAUAUAAACGUAUUGUUGCAUCACACAUGACGUCACUGCUUACAUUAAUUAUGUAGUGAGUAGGAUAAUGCAGUCCUAAUAACUGAUGUUUUUUAAAUUCAGUUUUCUUAGCCUAUGUCUUUGUUGUUUUGCACGGUAUAAAUUUAAGCGGGUUAAAUUGCCUUACAAAGCGACAUUUUCAAUUAUAAAAUUCUUUAGCUAAUUUUAUUUAUACAUUGUGCGAUUUAGAAAAUGAUUUGAAUUAUCAUGUUUGUAUAUAAAAAUUAUAUUUUUAUAUAGAUAGAUUUUUUUAACAGCAUGCAAAACACAACAUUGGUUCACACUAUCUUUAAUAAUAGUAAAACUUGCAUGCUAGUUCAUAGUUUUAUUUAUGUAAGACGAUGUUUGGAUUACCACUUGGAUUUUAGUCAUUUUUCUUUUUUUUGUUUUCUACCAUUCUCAAUAUGCUGAACUGAUGUAAUAAAUUUCUAAAGUAUUUCCUGAA